AUGUCAUCGCAAUUUUUUCCGAAAUUAAGUCAAAACUAUAUUGAGCUGUUAAAUGAUGAUGAAUAUUAUGAUGUUACAAUUGAAGCUGGAGAAGAUCCUAAUGUAAAUAUCUUUCGUGCACAUAUGAAUAUUUUAUGUUACCGUUCUCCAUAUUUACGACGAGCUUUAGCUUCCAAUAAAAAGAAUAAUGAUAAUACCUUAGCUCAUAUUAAGUUAUCAAAUAUAUCACCGGAAAUCCUAAAAAUUAUUUUGAAGUAUAUUUAUGGUGGUAUUCUUUCAUUAGAUGAACAAGAAACUUCAGAUAUUUUAAAAGUUUUGAUAGCUGCAGAUGAGUUAUUACUUCAAGAAAUAGUUGAAUAUUUACAGAAUUAUUUAAUUGAAAAUAAAUCGGAAUGGAUAGAGCAACAUUUUGAACUUGUUCAUCAAACAAGUUUUCAGCGUAAUAAUCUUUUAAAAAUUCAACAAUUUUGUACGAAUUUAAUGGCUAAAUAUCCAGAAAAAAUAUUUAAAUCAUUUGAUUUUACUUCACUUCCCGAAAAGUCUUUAAUCUUACUUAUUAAGAGAAAUGAUUUACAAAUGAAUGAAAUUGAAGUUUGGGAGCAUGUAUUAAAAUGGGGUCUUGCACAAAAUCCAACUCUCAUUCCAGAUCCUGACACUUGGACUGAUGAUGAUUUUAAAACAGUGGAAAAUACUUUAAAGCAUUGUUUACCUUUAAUUAGAUUUUUUAGUUUAUCAUCUAAAGAAUUUUUACAAAAAGUUCAUCCUUAUAAAAAACUUUUAAAGCAUCAACUUUAUGAGGAUUUAUUAAAUUCCUAUUUGGAUCCUAAUUAUGAACCAAAAGAUAAUAUUUCAUUUCCUAGAAAUAUUAAAGUUGAUGGAAUUAUUGAUUCAAAGAUUGUUAAUCUAAGUAUUGUUUCAACUAUUUCAAGAUGGAUUGAUAAAGUUGAAAUUAAUGAUAAAUUUUCUCAACUAAGAGAAUUAUAUGUGCCAUAUAAAUUUAAAUUAUUAUUAAGAGCAAGUAAAGAUGGUUUUAAUCCUGGAACAUUCCAUACAUUAUGUGAUGAUAAAGCAUAUACUGUUACAUUUGUUAAAAUAAAAGGGACAGAAGAAAUUUUAGGGGGAUAUAAUCCUUCAACAUUUAUAUCUUCUGAUUCUUGGGGAAAAACUAAAGAUAGUUUUAUAUUUUCCUUUAAAAAUACUUAUAGCUUUAAAGGUUCAAUUAUUAGUAAAGUAAAUGAUAUGGAUUGUGCAAUAAAUAAUCAUCAUGAACAUGGUCCAGGUUUUGGAAAUGAUCUUAUAUUAGAUGCAGCAAAAGAAUCAGUUACAGGUAUUAAUACAAUAAUUUGUAAAAAAGAAUAUUAUGAAAAAAAGAUAAGUGAUACUAAAGAAGAAUUUGCAAUAGAAGAUUAUGAAGUAUUUCAAAUUAUCAAAAGAAAAAAAUAG